UGAUAUCAUCAAAGAAGAAGAAGCACUACGUCAUCUGAGGGCGAUAGCUCUUCCUGUAGUAGCAACAUGGCUAGCUGCUGUUCCCUGAAAGUAUUGACACUUUUCAGCCUGUUUAUUGUUCCUGGCGCGGUGGAAAGUAAUAAUAUCGAGGCUAAAGCUGGUCAAUUCUUCAGCAGUGGACACACAAACAACUGGGCAGUUUUGGUGUGCACAUCCAGAUUCUGGUUCAACUAUCGUCAUGUGGCCAACACACUAUCUGUGUACCGUAGUGUCAAGAGACUGGGCAUCCCAGACAGUCACAUAGUUUUGAUGCUGGCAGACGACAUGGCGUGUAACCAUAGAAACCCGAAGCCGGCCACGGUGUUCAGUCACAAGAACAUGGAGCUCAACGUGUAUGGAGAUGACGUAGAGGUGGAUUACCGUGGUUACGAGGUGACCGUUGAGAACUUCCUUCGUGUGCUGACGGGAAGGCUGCCACCCAGCACGCCGCGGUCUAAACGCCUCCUCUCUGACGACCACAGCAACAUCCUCAUCUACCUCACUGGUCACGGUGGGAACGGCUUCCUGAAGUUCCAGGACUCUGAAGAGAUCAGCAACGUGGAGCUGGCCGACGCCUUUGAACAGAUGUGGACAAAGAGAAGGUACAAUGAGCUGCUGUUCAUCAUUGAUACUUGUCAGGGAGCCUCCAUGUAUGAGAGAUUUUACUCUCCUAACCUCAUGGCCCUGGCCUCCAGUCAAGUAGGAGAGGACUCCCUGUCGCACCAGCCAGACCUGGCUAUCGGGGUCCAUCUAAUGGACAGGUAUACAUUCUACCUGUUGGAGUUUCUGGAGGAUAUUCACCCUGCUAGCACCGCUAACAUGAAUGAUCUGUUUAAGGUUUGUCCUAAGAGUCAGUGUGUGUCCACUCCGGGCCACCGUACAGACCUUUUCCUCCGGGACCCCGGAAACGUCCUCAUCACCGACUUCUUUGGCAGUGUCCGUAAAGUAGAGAUCACCAUGGAAACCAUUAACCUGACAGCUCCCAUGGUGCAUCUGGCUGUGGAAAGACCAGUAAGUGAGCUGAAGACCGAGAGCCAGUCAUAUGUGGACCAACUACCAGUGGCUGAGAUUAUACACCAGAAACCAAAGCAGAGGGACUGGCACCCUCCAGAUGGUUUCAUCCUGGGUUUGUGGACUCUCAUCCUCCUGGUCUUCUUCAAGACGUACGGCGCCAAGCACCUUAAGCACAUCUUCUAACACCUGACCUUUUGAAGCCCGACCUCUGACCCAUUUCUGCUCCUUGUGCAGUUUGCACCAGUUCCCUUGGCUUCCUAGAUUUGAAAGAGGACUGGUAUAGGACUCAUGGUGAAUACUCUAAAGCGCAGGCUUUCGUCCAUCCGAUUAUUCUAAAUGCGCGGGGAGCACUUCAGGAUGAAGGACAGACAAUUGGGACGCGGUGUUGGCAAGGUCCCAAUCUUCUGGAUUACUAGAGAAGACUACAAAUACAUUAUUAACAGGGAAUGAAUGGCGCAGUCUUUUAGUGGUAAUUGCCUUUCUAGUCAUUCUAUUUCUAUGUUUAUUAACAUUAUCGAACGGGGCGAUCUGUGAUUGGUACAUCCAUUUUGUUAUUGUUUGAAGAGCAGAUUGUUUAUGUUUAAACUCUGAACUGUGUUGGAGAGAAUGUGGUGACACAACACCUGACCUGCACAAAGACACACAUUGUUGUGCCUUUCUGGACAUAAACAGUACUCUGACCACUCUCUAUUUAUUGUAUGGAAUCUGGUGAAUAGGGGUUUAGAGUUAAAACACAACUGAAGAUUAAAGGUUGGAAGCAGCGAAUACUGGAAGAAACAAUCCUAUGUUUGUUGUAUUUUUAUUAUUUAUUGUUGCAUGGUUUAGAAUUUUAAAGAGGGAGAACGGAAAAGGAAAUUGAGGAUAAAAUGAAGGGUUAAAAAAGAAAUACUGGAAAGCAAUGGUCCCUCUCAGGAGAGCAGACGGACGGACGGAUGUGUUCUUUGAGAUGGUUGAUUGUCUUAUUUGAUGUCGUUUAAGGAAAUGUGUGUGUUCUUUAUUCCUUUAUUUUGUGUCUGGCAGCAGAGCUGUCUUUUUCACCUCAUAUCUAUAAUUAAAUUGAUGGGACUGAAAGGCACUGAA